UUUUUUAUGGCCAAACACGUACAUCAUUAACAUCACUCGACUCCCACAACACGUUUCGGCUCUCGAUCACUCUUCUUCCCACCCACCAAUAACCUCCUUCUCUGAAAAUCAACCACUAACCAUGUCCUCAUCAUCUUCCUCCUCCGACAGCCCUUCAAGCCAUUCAUCUUCCGAUUCUCCGUCUUUUGAAAGAUCAUCGAUCGACAUCUCCAACCUCGAUACAUUCCUCUCUUCUUCAAUUACAUCCCCCUACAUCCAAGAAACAUACCCACCUACCGAUCCAUCCGUUGUCUCUGCCGUCUCGUCCGUGCUGAAGGGCUCAUCGUUCGAUAUCUCUGUCCCCAGAGAGGUAUCAGCUGCUUUAAGCGAGAGGAGUAGCGCUGUAGAGAGGGAGGUGAGGGAAAUUGGAAGCGGGAAGGAGAGAGACAACGGGGAAAGGGUUGGGAAAUGGAUGAGAGAGAGGGCAAAGAGGUUGGGGGAAAUGGUUGAAAGUUGGGUUAGUAGCGGCGCAACUUUUGCGCCAUUCUCUUCCGAUCGGUCGUCCGGUUAUUUUUCCGGUAGUCAUAAUGAUCGUCUCUCAACAGCGACGAGCAUUCCAAGUCCCGGUACAUGUGCAUCAACCAGCAGCUACAUUUCCUCUACACCACGUUCGACAACAGCCACAGCCGCGACCACAGCGACGACGACGGCAAGCGUAGAACUUUCCUCUGCUUCCCGACGCAGACUCGCGACUACAACAGCUGCAAACCUCAAAUCCUCCCCACCAACGAUCGACCCAUCCACAGUCCGCAAAAUCAUAUCCUACAUCCGAUCUGCCAACAGCAACAGCAACCCACCGCUUAACGAAGAGCACUGGUGGACAGCAUAUCACGCGCUCCGCAGUCCAUCCGCCUUUGGCACCCAUGGCGUACCUAUCCCUCUCUCGGAAAAGUUGGCCAGGAUGCGAGCGCUGAGAUGGGAGGAUGUGGAGAGUGAUGUGGGAUAUGAGAGGGCGAGAGCGAAAAUGUUUUUGGGGGAUGAGCGUCUUGCGGGAUCGCAUUUGGAGGGAUGGGGCGGAUCGACAUUUGGAGUGGCAUGAAGUUGGCUUGUUGAGGCUUGUCUGCGGUUCUUCAGGUCCGGCCGGUUUACGGGUUACUGAUUAGUAACUACAUGUUAAAAAAAUGCUUUUUAGGUCCAAAAUGAAAAAGGGCAAAAAAGGUACCGGCCCGCCCUAAAAUGUAGUAAAUGGUGGGUUUUCAGACCGGGGAAAUCAUCAUUGGUGUGUGGGUGAUGGUAGAAACAAUUCAAUUAAUGGUUCCUUUGGUGCUGGGUAAUGAACGGUUGAAGAACAGGUUGUAAAACGUCCAAAGUGAAAAAAGUCGAAGAAACGAUGCGAAAGCAUGGCUGGGUGCAUGAUACGCGAUAUGGGAGAUUCCAGAACUUUCAGGGCUUU